UAGAGCAUAUGUCAGAGACAAAACAAUUAAACAUAAUAGCGUGGGGCACAUACGACCCCAUGGCUUGAAUAGAAAGUAUCCAAAAAUGUAUUAUAAACCCAUUAACAUAAAAACGUAGUAAACGUCGAGAAGUUAUUAAAAAAAGAUGUUGAAUAGACGUUUCAUGAAAAUUUUUUUAAAAUUAUUUUAACGAUAAAUAAAGAAAACACGAUAUGUAAACGAUGACCAAUAAAAGCUCUUGUUCUGUACUUAUUAUCGUAAGAUUGGUUGUGAUAUUCACUUCGUAAUUUUGGAUAACGGAAAGAUACAGGUUUAAUGGUAAGUUGGUAGGGUAGCGAAUGCCGACAACCAAUGGACUCGAUAUAAGAAAUAUUGAAUGCAUGGGAAACUUAUCUCAUAUACCAGAUUUUACUAGUAAACAGUUGUAAAUUGAAGACAAUCAGAGGCAAUCGUGCUAUUUAAUUGUCACGAUUAUUACCGAAGGUCGUUGAAUAAUAUCCAAUUCUAAGCAAUGCCGUGAAAACUACUAAAUGUAUCACGAAAUCAUUCGUAUUUUAUUUCUCGUCCGCUCGAAUUCCGUGAAAUAAAAGACGCAUCCAACUAUUGGAUAAAAUUAAAAAUUAAUAGUUAUUGCAUAGGAUUACGAUAGCGAUCGGCAAAAAUGAAAUUGAACGAGCUUGUUUAUUGGUAUCAGAAGAAAAUUGGUACUUACGACAAGCAGCAAUGGGAAAAGACUGUAGAACAGCACAUUCUUGGAGGAUUUACGCAUGUUCCGAUGAGAACUGCAAAAUUAAAAACAGAACUUAUCGAUGUGGAUCUUGUACGAGGUUCUUCUUUUACAAAAGCCAAGCCAAAACAUGGAUUAUCAACAGUCGCUUGCUUGGCUUUUCAACGAUUAUUAUUUCUCCCUUUGUAUAGAAAAUGGUGGAUGCAGCAGACUAGUUUAAAAAUUUUUACAUUAUUUUUAUUAUUGUAUAGUUUACAAUUGAUCAAUAUGUGUGUAUAUUUUUAUCAGAUGGCCAAGGACAAUGAAAGUGAUAUUGUGUCAACAUCAGAAGUAUUAAUACCUACUAUUAUGAUGUUAGUGCUAUGCAUUGUUCAUUCUCACAUUGUAUCAACUCAUUCGGGUCCAUCAACAGUCGAUGUGCAUAGUAAACAGAGAGUAGUUAGACGUUCGCGACAUACUAGGAGUCGACUGGGAAAAUCAAGGACAAGACAAAACUUACGUUUGCAUGAAGAUUCCAAAUCAUCUCAAGAUACUGUUUCUGGAAAAGCUAGUACAGUAAAUGGCGAAGUUUUAACUUCUGUACGAUUUGCUAAAAAAGUUGUAAUCGAAAAUUCUUUGACUGCUAGUCGAUCUCAGGAAUUUGUGACUGCUCAAGGAUCCUGUGAUAAUGAAUUAAUAAAUGCACCUGUGAGCAAUCCACUUCCAAUAAAUGAAGCUUCAACUAGUCAUACUCAAUCAAAUCAAAGUAUAAAAAAUGUACAUCAAGAUGAUGAUGGAUUUGAAAGUUUAAAUGGAAAUGUAUCAAGUGAUAAUGAUAAAGGUAUUGCACGAGCAACAGUAGAAAAGUUUAAGCAGAAGAAAGAUAUACAACAUAAAAAUAAUGAAGAGCGCAAUCUUCGAAUAGAAAACUCUACUAGUCAACAAAUUUUAUUACAAUCGAAAUUCUCAGCACUUGAGUUAUUGAAGACAGAAGAUAUUUCUUCAAAGAGUGCUGAGGAAACUUCUAGUAAAGUGGAUAAAGAUCACUGUCCCUUGGCUAUUGGUCCAAGAAAAGGUCGUCAACAAUACGAAAGUGAAGAAGAAGGAGAAUGCGAAGAAGCCGCUACGCAUCAUUUAACAGAAGCCACAACGUCUGCUACCGAAUGGAUGGGAGUAACAACAAACAGUGAUGACUGUAGUUACAGUUCAGAACUUGAGGAAUCCGAUUUACAUAGUGAGACUAAUAAAAAUUAUGGGGAAUUUGUGGAGCAUCCCUUCUCUUGGGAAUUUGAAUUACCGCCCUCCAUAAUGCUUAGCUCUAGUUGUGCCUCAUAUGAUCGUGUUUCGUGCGCUAUAUGGACACGACGUGAUAUAAAAAAAGCUGAACUAUCGGUGCUGGACAUCAGUUCAGCGAUUAUUGCCAGAGUGGAAUCAAUGCCCGAGAGUAUGAACUAUUUUUAUGGAGGCCUACUGCUUAGCGUUGUAUUGUCACUAAUACCAUCCAUUAAACGAUUAAAUGAUCACGUUGGAAUGGACAAUAGUAGUAAUGUAACCAGUUCCUUUAUACCAAAUGACUUAACUUACGUCAAUUUGGAAACUUACAGCGAUAUUAUAUGUAAAGUGAUAAGCUUGGCAUUUGGCGCAACUCUUUGGGAACGUAUAGUAGUGCUUAUAUCGGCAUUCGAGAGGCUAAUAUUAUCCUGUUUAUUAUUUUUUUUAUUAGCAGUUGCAGAACGUACUUAUAAACAAAGACUCUUAUAUGCUAAAUUGUUUUCACAUUUAACAUCGUCAAGACGUGCAAGAAAAUCAGAAUUGCCGCACUUUCGAUUGAACAAAGUGCGCAACAUAAAACUGUGGUUGAGCGUUAGAUCUUAUUUGAAAAGAAGAGGGCCUCAACGUUCCGUAGACGUAAUAGUAUCAGCAGUAUUCAUUGUUACAUUAUUAUUGUUAUCAUUUGUGAGUCUGGAGUUAAUUAAGGAUCUUGAAAGUUUACAUUCCCGAUACAACGUGGAAGCACUGUUUUGGAGUUUUUCCUUAGGGAUAUUUAUACUGCGUUUUAUGACGUUAGGUACAAAAAUUAAUAAAAAAUAUAGAAAUCUUUCCGUCUUGAUAACUGAACAGAUUAAUUUAUAUUUACAAAUAGAACAAAAACCGCAUAAAAAGGAAGACCUUAUGGUGGCGAAUAAUGUACUCAAAUUAGCAGCAGAUUUGAUAAAGGAACUUGAAAGUCCGUUUAAAAUAUCUGGUUUAUCUACUAAUCCCUAUCUGUAUACAAUCACAAAAGUGGUAUUAUUAUCUGCACUUUCAGGAGUGCUUUCAGAAUUGCUUGGAUUUAAGCUUAAAUUACAUAAGAUAAAAAUCAAAUAAAAAGGUGAUACUAUAUU